AUGUCGCUCCCCCCGACGCCCGCUCUCCGGCUGGGAGCCCCCACCCCUCGAAGCUCGGGGCCGGGCGCGCAGCCGGAGGUUUCCCCCCUCUCUCCGCGUCUGCCGGGCAGGGAGCGGCGUCUCGUAGAUGCUCCUGCCUCCUCCUCCCCCGGGGCUCCGCGCCUCCGGGCCGCCCUUUCUCCCCUCCGGCCGCGUUCACCCAGCGACGGGGAAAGAGGAGGAGUCCCCCGCUCCUCCCCUGAGACGCGCAGCUCUCUGCCAGCCCGCAGCGAUCCCCGUGGCUCAAUGGUUCUUUAUUCUUCGGGUGCGCUCAUCUUCGGGAGGCUGCAAAGUGGCGCACAGGCAGCACACGAGUGACAUUUC